AUUUCACGUUGGAGCAGAAAAGCAUGGAGACUCGUUGGGUGAUUAAAAACUGAAAUUUCUUGUAAACAAACAAAUCAAAAUGCCUGAAGUACCAUCUUUAAAAAACUUGUAUACUGGUUUCGGUAAGAUCCCCAAGAAGCAAAACAAGUACUUACAAACUCUUGGUGAACCCCACAUUGAUUCAUUUAACUUUCUCUUAAAGUCGGGUCUUGAUCUUGCCGUCAAAGAUCUUGAACCUGUUGAAUUUCAGUUAGAAGAUGGAGACAUUAUUAAGUUUUCUCUUGAAAACUUUCAACUUCAAAGUCCUUCAGUUCCCACCGGAACUGUUGGUAUUAAGAACCAGCAUAUCUUUCCUACUGAAUGUAGGCAGAGUGCAAAUACCUACAAGGGACGUCUAACCGGACACCUCAGAUGGUGGGUAAAUGGUCAUGAACAAAUUCCUUUCAAGAGAGAAUUUGGAGACCUCCCGAUCAUGAUCAAGUCUGAUGCCUGUCACCUCUCUAAAAUGUCGCCAAAGGAAUUGAUUUCCCAUCAAGAACAUGAACAAGAGUGGGGUGGCUAUUUUGUUAUCAAAGGUCAUGAAAGGCUUAUUCGUCUGCUCCUGCAGCAAAGACGAAAUUUUCCCAUUGCUGUGAUUCGACCAUCAUGGAGAGGCAAAGACUCUUGUUUUUCUGAUAUGGGGAUAAUGCUGCGUAGUGUAAGAGAAGAUGAAUCAUCCAAUAAUAAUGUGUUGCAUUAUGUAACUGAUGGGACAGCCAAACUAAGAAUAGUUCAUCGACGUGCUGUGUAUUAUAUACCUAUUGUACUUGUCAUUAAAUGUUUAGCAGAUGUUACUGAUGAAUUUGUCUAUGACCAAAUUAUGGCUGGUCAUGAAGAUGACUUGUAUUUUAAAGGAUGCGUCUUAAACAUGCUGCGACAAGUUCAUGACAGUAAUGUUCAUACCCAUAAUGAGGCGAAUUCUUAUCUUGGUAAAACAUUCCGUGUCCGUGUUGCCAGCGAAGUCCCAUCGUGGGCAUCCGAUCAGGAGAUUUCUAAAUUCAUUUUGCGAAAGACUGUGUGCAUACAUUUGGAGAAUAACAUGGAUAAAGUCAACCUCCUUGUCAUGAUGGUCCAGAAACUUCUCUGUCUUGCUCAAGGCAAAUGCAGAGCUGAGGGAGUGGAUAGUGUAAUGAUGCAAGAGAUCCUUCUUGGUGGCCAUCUCUAUUUACAGCUUCUAAAAGACCGUCUCCAACUGUGGUUGAUUACUCUUAGGAGUAAUAUUUUAAAAAAACAAUCACAGUCUCGGGGAGGUACUGUUAAACUUGAUCCAGCUGAAUUACAAAACCAGUUACGGAGGGUACCAAGCUUAGAACCUGCCAUGUCUGUGUUUCUUGCAACUGGUAACUUACCCUCUGCAAUCAACGUCCAACAAGACAAAGGUCUGACUAUUGUUGCUGAAAAUAUUAACAGGAUGCGAUACAUGUCUCAUUUCCGAGCUGUCCAUAGAGGUUCUUUUUUCCAAGAGAUGCGCACCACAGAAGCCCGUCAGCUCUUGCCAGAUGCUUGGGGAUUCAUUUGUCCUGUGCACACUCCUGAUGGUACCCCCUGUGGUUUAUUAAACCAUCUCUCUAAGGACUGCAAAGUAACCACAAAUCCAGAUGAGAAUCUUGUGAGAAAUAUUCCAACAAUCCUCUCAAGUCUUGGCAUGUUACCCCUUAACUCGCCUGUUGCACAAACUACAUCUCUGCAAGAGUGCUGCAUUGUAAUUCUUGAUGGUCGUGUGCUUGGUCACGUACACAAAAAUUCAAUAGGAAGACUUGUUGACAAGUUGCGCGUAUUGAAGGUCAAAGGGGAAAAGGUGCCAAACACAUUAGAAAUUGCUCAUGUUCCAAUGAAAUCAUGCAAAGGGACUCAGUAUCCAGGCCUCUAUUUGUUUACUGGGCCUGCAAGAAUGAUGCGCCCAGUCAUUAACUUGUCAUGCAAACAAGUUGAGCUAAUAGGAACUUUUGAACAAGUUUACUUAGAUAUCUGCAUUAGUCCUGAGGAAGCAUAUAAAGGUCACACCACACAUAUGGAAUGUUCCAAGACUGCUUUUCUGAGCAAUCUAGCCUGCUUGAUUCCCAUGCCUGACCUAAAUCAAAGUCCAAGAAAUAUGUAUCAGUGUCAGAUGGGUAAACAAACUAUGGGUACUCCAUGCCACACAUUUAAUAUUCAAUCUGAAACCAAAUUAUAUCGUCUUCAGACUCCCACAUCACCCCUCUUCAGACCCUCUCAUUAUGAUGAAGUUAGCUUGGAUGACUUUGGCAUGGGAACUAAUGCUAUUGUUGCUGUCAUCUCUUACACUGGAUAUGACAUGGAAGAUGCCAUGAUUGUGAACAAAUCUUCAAUGGAGCGUGGCUUAGGUGCUGGCUGUAUUUUGAAGUCUGAUUUUGUAGAACUCCCAACUACUGACUCAUAUUUUGCAAGGGAUCCUGCUAAUUCUGAAAUUUUUGACAAACUUGAUGAAGAUGGUCUUCCAUACCCAGGAACUUUACUGACGAAAGGUUCCCCAAUGUGUUGCUAUUAUGAUAAUGAAAGGAAAAAAUUUCAAGUUGAAAAGUACAAGGGUUCUGAAGAUGGAUGGGUUCAAUCUAUUAGGCAAUGUGGUUCAUUGACAAGUUCUCAAACAACAAAAGUUAACAUUUCGUACACAGUGCAGAGAAAUCCUUCUGUUGGAGACAAAUUUGCCAGCAGAGCAGGGCAAAAAGGCAUUCUUAGUCAGAAAUGGGCAUCAGAAGAUCUGCCAUUCACAGAAAGUGGUCUUGUACCGGAUAUUGUAUUUAACCCUCAUGGUUUUCCAUCUCGAAUGACAAUUGCUAUGAUGGUGGAACUCAUGGCUGGUAAGGCUGCUGCUAUGCAUGGAUUUGUACAGGAUGCAACGCCAUUCCGUUUUACUGAAGAUGACACUGCCAUCAAUUAUUGUGGUAGACUCUUAGAAGAAGCUGGCUACAAUUACUAUGGUACUGAAAAAAUGUACAGUGGUGUUGAUGGUAGGGAGAUGAAUGCUGCCAUCUUUUUCGGAAUUGUCCAUUAUCAAAGGCUCCGUCACAUGGUUUCUGACAAAUGGCAGGUCAGAAGCACUGGUGCUGUUGAUUCAGUCACUCAUCAGCCAGUGAAAGGACGGAGGAGAGGUGGUGGUGUACGUUUUGGAGAAAUGGAGCGUGAUGGAUUGCUGUCUCAUGGAGCAUCAUUCCUACUCCAAGAUCGAUUGUUUCAUUGUUCUGAUAAAUCAACUCACCAAGUUUGUCAGACUUGUGGAACCUUGUUGGGUCCAUAUUUGGCAGUUGUAGCACAGGCAGAAGGGCAAGGAAGAAAAAUGAAGUGUCGAUUGUGUGGAGAGAAAGGAGAGGUUGUGGGAAUAGAGUUGCCUCACAUCUAUAAGUACCUUGUGUCACAAAUGGUGUCUAUGAAUAUUAAUUUAAAAAUGGAAUUGAAAGAGGAAAAUUAAACAGGGUUUAAAUAAAUGAAAUGUUUCUAUUGCCUAA